AUGGAGAAGAAAAUUACUUAUCUUUUAAUAUUAUCAUGUCUAAUACGUUUUGCAUUUUUCAGUUAUGGUAUAUAUCAGGAUAAUCAUUUUAAAGUAAAAUAUACGGAUAUUGAUUAUCAUGUAUUUAAUGAUGCAGGUUACUAUAUUUAUAACGGAAUGUCUCCAUAUUUAAGAGAAACUUAUCGUUAUACACCUUUAUUAAGUUGGUUAUUUAUAAUUAAUCAUUAUUUUAAUAAUUUCCAUUUGUCAAAAUUAAUUUUCGUAAUAUUUGAUAUCUUAACAGGUAUAAUUAUAUUACAUUUAUUACCUAAUAAAUUAUCAACUACAAAAAAAUUAAAAUUAGCAUCAUUAUGGUUAUUAAAUCCAAUGGUUAUUACCAUCAGUACAAGAGGUAAUGCUGAAACUAUAUUAUGUUUUUUAAUUAUGUUAGUUAUUUUGACUUUAAAAAAUAAACAAUUCUUAAUUAGUUCAAUUUUAUUUGGGUUAAGUAUUCAUUUUAAAAUUUAUCCAAUAAUUUAUGCUUUACCUAUUACAAUUUAUCUUUUCAAUUCAAUUAAAGAAAAUAAAUAUGUUGUUAUUUUCAAUUAUGGGUUAAUUACUUUAGUCACUAUCAUUAUACUUAAUCUAUUAAUGUUCCAAAUGUACGGCUUUGAAUUCUUAGAUCAAACUUAUCUAUAUCACAUAUAUCGAUUUGAUCAUAGACAUAAUUUCUCAAUUUGGAAUCAAUUAUUAUAUUUAGAUUCUGCUUUGACUAACACUACAUCAUCAUCUUUAUCAAAAUAUGCGUUCAUCCCUCAGAUUGGUAUGGUAACAUUGAUUGGCUUCUAUAACCUAUGGUUACCAGCCUUUAGUACAAUUACAAAGAAACGUGCUAGACAUCUACAUGUUCUAUGCAAUGUCUUAUUUAUUCAAACGUUUGCAUUCGUCACAUUUAAUAAAGUUUGCACUUCGCAAUAUUUCAUCUGGUAUCUAAUUUUCUUACCAUUUUAUUGUGAAGGGUCACAAUUAUCACUGUUUAGAUUGGGAACUAUGUUAGCAAUUUGGAUUGGUUCACAAGCUGCAUGGUUAAAUGAAGGUUAUAAAUUAGAGUUUUUAGGUAAAAACGUGUUUUAUCCAGGUUUGUUCAUUGGAAAUGUAAUUUUCUUCCUUGGAAAUUCAUGGAUCUUAGGGCAAUUCAUUUCUGAUCUUAGAUCUAGACAUUAUGCCUCUAAGAAGUCUAAGAGUUUACCACAUCGUCAAACAUCCAAAUCCAAAUCUUCUUGA